AUGCUAUGUCUACUUCAAACAGGAUUAACUCUGCAAGAUAACGAAGAAUGCCCUCCUCUUCUUGAUUUGGCUUUUGUUUUGGAUGCAUCUGGAAGCAUAGAAGAGAUAUACAAUGAACAGAUACGGUGGACAGCAUCUCUCAGUGAUUCACUUCCGAUUCAUAGAGAUGCUGUGCGAUUAACGACUAUCCAGUAUGCUGGAUAUCCUCUCACCGAAUUUAGCUUGAACACUUAUAUCGAUAAAGGCGAUGUCGUUCGACAUCUCCAAGGAAUGUCUUUUCAAUCUGGAGUUACCAGAACAGGUUAUGCUCUGCGAAGGGCAGAAAAUGAGCUCUUUAGCGAGGAACGAGGAGCGCGAGGGAACGCUUCAAAGAUCAUAGUUUUGUUCACAGAUGGUCUCUCCAUAGACGAUCCUUUGAAACCAUCCGAACAAAUGCGCCACAAAAAAGGUGUAAAAAUUUAUGUUGUUAGCGUGAACGCGGAUGGGUUUAUCCCUGAGAUGCAGCGA